AUGGAAUACACCUUCCAGGAUGGAGAUGACAUACAACCAGUCAGCUUCCUAAAUGAGCUUCGUUUACAGAUGGAACUGACCACUACAACAGUGUCUCCAGACACAAUAACCAGUUUCCCCUCAACUUCUCCAAGCCCAAUAUCUGGUUCAGCAGUGGUCUUGAGCAAGCUGCUGUUCAACUCCUCAUCUCCAGUCCCCAGUGAAUCUCUGGUCGUCAGUGCCAUCAACACUCUCCUGAAAUCCAGACAGUCACAGCUCAAUGAAUCAGUGAAGGUGGAGAAUUUCACCUAUCAGAAAAUCUCAGAAACCUCCUAUGCUGUCGUCUUUACAUUUAGCCUGAUUAACAUCAGCAUGCCAGCAGAUUCUGAUGUCAGAGGCAACACCGACCAGAGAUUGCAGGAUAUUAUCAAUAAUGCGCUGAACACUCUUCUGAAUGAACCUGAGAAACAAUUUUUUCUACCCAAGUCCUCCAACUUCACGAGCUCUUCAAACCAGAUUGAUGGCAGGAUGGAAUACACCUUCCAGGAUGGAGAUGACAUACAACCAAUCAGCUUCCUAAAUGAGCUUCGUUCACAGAUGGAACUGACCACUACAACAGUGUCUCCAGACACAAUAACCAGUUUCCCCUCAACUUCUCCAAACCCAAUAUCUGGUUCAGCAGUGGUCACAAGCAAGCUGCUGUUCAACUCCUCAUCUCCAGUCCCCAGUGAAUCUCUGGUCGUCAGUGCCAUCAACACUCUCCUGAAAACCAGACAGUCACAGCUCAAUGAAUCAGUGAAGGUGGCGAAUUUCACCUAUCAGAAAAUCUCAGAAACAUCCUAUGCUGUCGUCUUUACAUUUAGCCUGAUUAACAUCAGCAUGCCAGCAGAUUCUGAUGUCAGAGGCAACACCGACCAGAGAUUGCAGGAUAUUAUCAAUAAUGCGCUGAACACUCUUCUGAAUGAACCUGGGAAACAAUUUUUUCUACCCAAGUCCUCCAACUUCACGAGCUCUUCAAACCAGAUUGAUGGCAGGAUUGAAUACACCUUCCAGGAUGGAGAUGACAUACAACCAGUCAGCUUCCUAAAUGAGCUUCGUUCACAGAUGGAACUGACCACUACAACAGUGUCUCCAGACACAAUAACCAGUUUCCCCUCAACUUCUCCAAGCCCAAUAUCUGGUUCAGCAGUGGUCACGAGCAAGCUGCUGUUCAACUCCUCAUCUCCAGUCCCGAGUGAAUCUCUGGUCGUCAGUGCCAUCAACACUCUCCUGAAAUCCAGACAGUCACAGCUCAAUGAAUCAGUGAAGGUGGAGAAUUUCACCUAUCAGAAAAUUUCAGAAACAUCCUAUGUGGUGAUCCUUAAGUUUAAUAUGAGUCACAUCAGCAUGCCAAAGGACUCUGGCCUUAGAAACAACACCUACCUGCAAGUACAGGAUAUUUUCAGUAAUGCGCUGAACACUCUUCUGAAUGAACCAAGCAGUCAAACUUUAAAACCCAAGUCAUCUGUUUUCACGAGCUCUUCAAACCAGAUUGAUGGCAGAAUGGAAUACACCUUCCAGGAGGGAGAUGCCAUUCGACCAGUCAGCUUCCUAAAUGAGCUUCAUUUACAAUUGGUGAUCACUACAACAGUGUCUCCAGAAUCAGCAACUGGGUCCUCUCUGGCUCCUCCAAACCUAAUAUCUGGUUCAGCAGUGGUCACGAGCAAGCUGCUGUUCAACUCCUCAUCUCCAGUCCCCAGUGAAUCUCUGGUCCUCAGUGCCAUCAACACUCUCCUGAAAUCCAGACAGUCACAGCUCAAUGAAUCAGUGAAGGUGGCGAAUGUAAACUAUCAGAAAAUCUCAGAAACCUCCUAUGCCGUCGUCAUUACAUUUAAACUGAGUAACAUCAGCAUGUCUGAAGUCCCUGAGCUCAGAAACAGCACUUACGUGCAAGUGCAAGAUGUCAUCAAUAAUGCACUGAACACUCUUCUGAAUGAACCUAGCAGUCCAACAUUGAGAGCCAAUUCAUCCAACUUUGUGAGCUCUUCAAACCAGAUUGAUGGCAGAAUGGAAUACACCUUCCAGGAGGGAGAUGCCAUUCGACCAGUCAGCUUCCUAAAUGAGCUUCAUUUACAAUUGGUGAUCACUACAACAGUGUCUCCAGAAUCAGCAACUGGGUCCUCUCUGGCUCCUCCAAACCUAAUAUCUGGUUCAGCAGUGGUCACGAGCAAGCUGCUGUUCAACUCCUCAUCUCCAGUCCCCAGUGAAUCUCUGGUCCUCAGUGCCAUCGACACUCUCCUGAAAUCCAGACAGUCACAGCUCAAUGAAUCAGUGAAGGUGGCGAAUGUCACCUAUCAGAAAAUCUCAGAAACCUCCUAUGCCGUCGUCAUUACAUUUAAACUGAGUAACAUCAGCAUGUCUGAAGUCCCUGAGCUCAGGAACAGCACUUACGUGCAAGUGCAAGAUGUCAUCAAUAAUGCACUGAACACUCUUCUGAAUGAACCUAGCAGUCCAACAUUUAGAGCCAAUUCAUCCAACUUUGUGAGCUCUUCAAACCAGAUUGAUGGCAGUAUGGGAUACACCUUCCAGGAAGGAGAUGCCAUUCGACCAGUCAGCUUCCUAAAUGAGCUUCAUUUACAAUUGGUGAUCACUACAACAGUGUCUCCAGAAUCAACAACUGGGUCCUCUCUGGCUCCUCCAAACCUAAUAUCUGGUUCAGCAGUGGUCACGAGCAAGCUGCUGUUCAACUCCUCAUCUCCAGUCCCCAGUGAAUCUCUGGUCCUCAGUGCCAUCAGCACUCUCCUGAAAUCCAGACAGUCACAGCUCAAUGAAUCAGUGAAGGUGGCGAAUGUCACCUAUCAGAAAAUCUCAGAAACCUCCUAUGCCGUCGUCAUUACAUUUAAACUGAGUAACAUCAGCAUGUCUGAAGUCCCUGAGCUCAGAAACAGCACUUACGUGCAAGUGCAAGAUGUCAUCAAUAAUGCACUGAACACUCUUCUGAAUGAACCUAGCAGUCCAACAUUGAGAGCCAAUUCAUCCAACUUUGUGAGCUCUUCAAACCAGAUUGAUGGCAGAAUGGAAUACACCUUCCAGGAGGGAGAUGCCAUUCGACCAGUCAGCUUCCUAAAUGAGCUUCAUUUACAAUUGGUGAUCACUACAACAGUGUCUCCAGAAUCAGCAACUGGGUCCUCUCUGGCUCCUCCAAACCUAAUAUCUGGUUCAGCAGUGGUCACGAGCAAGCUGCUGUUCAACUCCUCAUCUCCAGUCCCCAGUGAAUCUCUGGUCCUCAGUGCCAUCAGCACUCUCCUGAAAUCCAGACAGUCACAGCUCGAUGAAUCAGUGAAGGUGGCGAAUGUAACCUAUCAGAAAAUCUCAGAAACCUCCUAUGCCGUCGUCAUUACAUUUAAACUGAGUAACAUCAGCAUGUCUGAAGUCCCUGAGCUCAGAAACAGCACUUACGUGCAAGUGCAAGAUGUCAUCAAUAAUGCACUGAACACUCUUCUGAAUGAACCUAGCAGUCCAACAUUGAGAGCCAAUUCAUCCAACUUUGUGAGCUCUUCAAACCAGAUUGAUGGCAGAAUGGAAUACACCUUCCAGGAGGGAGAUGCCAUUCGACCAGUCAGCUUCCUAAAUGAGCUUCAUUUACAAUUGGUGAUCACUACAACAGUGUCUCCAGAAUCAGCAACUGGGUCCUCUCUGGCUCCUCCAAACCUAAUAUCUGGUUCAGCAGUGGUCACGAGCAAGCUGCUGUUCAACUCCUCAUCUCCAGUCCCCAGUGAAUCUCUGGUCCUCAGUGCCAUCGACACUCUCCUGAAAUCCAGACAGUCACAGCUCAAUGAAUCAGUGAAGGUGGCGAAUGUCACCUAUCAGAAAAUCUCAGAAACCUCCUAUGCCGUCGUCAUUACAUUUAAACUGAGUAACAUCAGCAUGUCUGAAGUCCCUGAGCUCAGGAACAGCACUUACGUGCAAGUGCAAGAUGUCAUCAAUAAUGCACUGAACACUCUUCUGAAUGAACCUAGCAGUCCAACAUUUAGAGCCAAUUCAUCCAACUUUGUGAGCUCUUCAAACCAGAUUGAUGGCAGUAUGGGAUACACCUUCCAGGAAGGAGAUGCCAUUCGACCAGUCAGCUUCCUAAAUGAGCUUCAUUUACAAUUGGUGAUCACUACAACAGUGUCUCCAGAAUCAGCAACUGGGUCCUCUCUGGCUCCUCCAAACCUAAUAUCUGGUUCAGCAGUGGUCACGAGCAAGCUGCUGUUCAACUCCUCAUCUCCAGUCGCCAGUGAAUCUCUGGUCCUCAGUGCCAUCGACACUCUCCUGAAAUCCAGACAGUCACAGCUCAAUGAAUCAGUGAAGGUGGCGAAUGUCACCUAUCAGAAAAUCUCAGAAACCUCCUAUGCCGUCGUCAUUACAUUUAAACUGAGUAACAUCAGCAUGUCUGAAGUCCCUGAGCUCAGAAACAGCACUUACGUGCAAGUGCAAGAUGUCAUCAAUAAUGCACUGAACACUCUUCUGAAUGAACCUAGCAGUCCAACAUUGAGAGCCAAUUCAUCCAACUUUGUGAGCUCUUCAAACCAGAUUGAUGGCAGAAUGGAAUACACCUUCCAGGAGGGAGAUGCCAUUCAACCAGUCAGCUUCCUAAAUGAGCUUCAUUUACAAUGUGUGAUCACUACAACAGUGUCUCCAGAAUCAACAACUGGGUCCUCUCUGGCUCCUCCAAACCUAAUAUCUGGUUCAGCAGUGGUCACGAGCAAGCUGCUGUUCAACUCCUCAUCUCCAGUCCCCAGUGAAUCUCUGGUCCUCAGUGCCAUCAGCACUCUCCUGAAAUCCAGACAGUCACAGCUCAAUGAAUCAGUGAAGGUGGCGAAUGUCACCUAUCAGAAAAUCUCAGAAACCUCCUAUGCCGUCGUCAUUACAUUUAAACUGAGUAACAUCAGCAUGUCUGAAGUCCCUGAGCUCAGAAACAGCACUUACGUGCAAGUGCAAGAUGUCAUCAAUAAUGCACUGAACACUCUUCUGAAUGAACCUAGCAGUCCAACAUUGAGAGCCAAUUCAUCCAACUUUGUGAGCUCUUCAAACCAGAUUGAUGGCAGAAUGGAAUACACCUUCCAGGAGGGAGAUGCCAUUCGACCAGUCAGCUUCCUAAAUGAGCUUCAUUUACAAUUGGUGAUCACUACAACAGUGUCUCCAGAAUCAGCAACUGGGUCCUCUCUGGCUCCUCCAAACCUAAUAUCUGGUUCAGCAGUGGUCACGAGCAAGCUGCUGUUCAACUCCUCAUCUCCAGUCGCCAGUGAAUCUCUGGUCCUCAGUGCCAUCAACACUCUCCUGAAAUCCAGACAGUCACAGCUCAAUGAAUCAGUGAAGGUGGCGAAUGUCACCUAUCAGAAAAUCUCAGAAACCUCCUAUGCCGUCGUCAUUACAUUUAAACUGAGUAACAUCAGCAUGUCUGAAGUCCCUGAGCUCAGAAACAGCACUUACGUGCAAGUGCAAGAUGUCAUCAAUAAUGCACUGAACACUCUUCUGAAUGAACCUAGCAGUCCAACAUUUAGAGCCAAUUCAUCCAACUUUGUGAGCUCUUCAAACCAGAUUGAUGGCAGAAUGGAAUACACCUUCCAGGAGGGAGAUGCCAUUCGACCAGUCAGCUUCCUAAAUGAGCUUCAUUUACAAUUGGGUAUGUCAAUUAUGAUGAUCUAUGGCUUUACAAAAUUCUAA